GAGCCAGCAUUUUUUUCCCCCACAGGUAAAUGUUUCCAUUAGCGACUAUGCUCGACCGUCACCAUGGACCGAAGCAUCAUCGUCGUCUUCCGGCGGCUGAGAAUGAAGGACUACCGGGACUGUGUUUCCGGGACUCAUCUGCCGGUCAAUGUCUGUGUACUACUAUAUACCUUGUCGUUUCAACGUUGUUCUUUCGAGUUCAUACCCAACCGAUUCUGUUCUCGCAACACGACCCCGGUUUCCGAAGCGGAGGAAGGGGGGGAACCUCUGUACUAUAGUCGUUUGCUCAAACCGCCACUUGCUUUGUUGGACGGGAAGUCUGUAUGAGCAAUUGGAAAAGUUUUGUUUUGCCCUCACGGGACCGAUCGUUUAGGCGGCUCGAGUUUUAGAAGAGCCGCGAGGU